AUGACUGAUCCAAGACAGCCAAUCCCUAAUCUCCCCGAGGCAACCAUAACAAAAAGCCCAGAAUGUUCCAUCCCUCGACUGCCAUCCAGCAGCAAACACUAUUGGUGGUAUGCGCCUCGCGCCAAAAAAGUCGACGCCAAACCAAGUGAAACCGAAUCUACCUCCAAAUAUGCCCCAAUACGAUACCACGGUUCCGAACAAGAAAUUCAAACAACCAAUUUGGACACCUAUCCAUCCCUCAUUCGAUAUUUCGAUGAGGAUUUACCCGAAGAUGACGAGAAAUCGGAGUCUAUAAAAUCUAGGAGCAAUGAAGAGAGAGUGCCUUACAGGAUUGGGAAAAGUUUGACGUUUCAUAAGGACGUUGCAGUGGGUCAGUCUUCUGAAGAUGUUUCGGUCAGGGAUGAUAUGGAGUUGAUUUUUGAUGAUUGGCAUGCUCACGAAAAGGAAUAUGAAAGAUACUCCAGAACACGCGACAGAACAUUUUCCAUGGACGGUAAAAUCGAAAAGUUACCCAAAAGAAAAGACAAACAUAUGGACGAGAUCAGACAAGUCGUCAAUAAACUGAUAUCUGAAGCCAUUGAUGACAAAAUGGCAGAAAUUUCAAGUUCCAUAACAAUGCUUACGCAAACAUCUUCAGAUGCACUUGAAAAUUUUACAGAAAUCUUGGGAACUAAGAAAGAAAUUAGGCUGAAACCUGUUGAAGUCCCAGAGGGCGAGGAAAAACCAGAGAGGAAAGUUGAAUCAGAAGAUGUCGUAAAAUCUGAAGAACCGAAAGACGACUCAGUACCAAAAGAUUUAGAACCAAAAGAUGUCUCAAAACCAAAAGAUGAAUCUGAACCAAAAGAUACCACAGAACCAAAAGAUGUUCCACAACCUGAAGUCGAUUCUCUAGGGCCAAAAGUUACCAAAUCAAGAAAGUUUGUGAUACCUGAAAGGCUACAAGAUAUACCAGAACCCAAAAUUUUUGAACCAGAUCUCGAAAAUGUGUCUGAAACAACUGAUACUACCCAGGACGAUCUAAAAACUAGAAUAAGCACUGAUAUCCAAACUGAACUUAUUCAAAACUUAGAUAAAAAUCUGCAAAAAGAUUAUGAGAAAAGUACAAAAAUGCCUCAGGAAACCAAAAUGCCAGACGAAAAUAAAGUCAAACCCGAAAAAAGUGUUGAAGAAAAAUUCAAACAAAAUAUAGAAUUAGACAAGAAACCACCUACAGAUGCUCCGAGUACUUCAAGACCACCAAGAGUGUCUUUUGCUGAAGCAAAAGUUGAAAAGAAGAAGACUGAGUCUUCGACUUCAAUUUCGGAGAAAUCUGACAACGUGUCUUUGGACGAUUUCGGAGAUGAUCCUGAAACGUUACUUGCUCCUCCAACUGGUACUAUGCCAACUAAAGCCCUUAAUUUGACCUGGGAUGGUUUGAGAAGAUUUGUGAAGAAACGUAUUGAAGGGGAAAUUACGAAACCUAAAGAUCAGCCUGAAGAUGACAAGAAUAAACAAGACAAAAAGGAUAAAUAA